CCGUUUCAGGACGUGUUUUCGAAGUUUGAUCCGACUUCUGAGAAUGACUCUAUUCUUGAUGCAGCCAGAGAGCUGUGUGCUGAAUAUUUGGGUGGAGCUUGGAUUAAGGUUGAUAACACGCAAAUCGUGUUGAAGAAAUUGAGUGGUGGGCUGACAAAUUUGGUCUUUCUCUGCGAAUUCUCUGAUGAUCUGGCCGUGGUCGCAUGCGAACCAAGAUCAGUUUUGCUUCGCAUCCAGACCCAAUCUGAUAGUCUGCAGUUGAUGAGAGAAAUAGCAAUCUUCAUGAAUUUGAACGCGCACGGCUAUGGGCCUAAACUGCUUGCCGUGUUUCCUGGUGGCAGAAUUGAAGAAUUCAUUCCAAGUCGAAAUCUAGGAAAGGAAGAGUAUCUAAGUGAGAAGUUUUUUCCCUCCAUUGCGGCAUUGCUAGCUAAAGUGCAUGCUAUUGAAAUGCCGUUACCGAAGUCUCCGCAAUACAUACCGCUUGUUCGCUCUUGGUUACUCAGAUGCCGCAGCUAUGGAACUCAGCCCAUAUGUUUAGAAAGAACAGCAAUACAUGACGAGGUUGAGUUUCCUGAGGUUGUUACAAUGGACCGACUUGAGCUUGAGUUUGAAGAAAUCGAGAGGUUUUUGAGUGAGCAAAAAAGUCCUUCAGUAUUUUGUCAUAACGACAUAGUGCCAUCAAAUGUGCUCAUAAGAAAUAGAGAUGAAAGUAGCCCGAAUGAGCAAACAGCAAUGGACGAAAAUCGCUUGGUCUUGAUUGAUUUCGAAUUUGGCUUCUACAACCAUCGAGGGCUUGAGAUCAGCAAUACUUUGGCAGAAUGUGGUAUGACUUAUGGUGUUGAGAAGCAUCCAUUUUACGAGGUGAAUCUUGAUUUGAUGGAGGAUGAGAGCCUGUCUCGCAUGUUCUGUGGCGCAUAUCUUGAUCAAUUAUAUAAGGAGCAAGAUACCCUCGAAGAACGGAAACGGCAUUUGCUAACGGGAGAUCGAGAAAAAGAUUUGAAAAUGCUCAUGGCUGAAGGCCGAAGAUUCCUUCCGCUCCAGCAUUUUUUCUGGGGAAUUUGGAACAUCAUCUGCGUACAGGAGCUUGGAUCGAUUCAGGGUAUGGACUUUGCGGCUCACGCGAAAGACCGCUUUUAG